AUUUUUAGAGAUCAUAUUGAAUUCAUUAAUUGCGCGUGCAAUAGGGGCAUUACGUGCAUAUUCUGUUUUGUGAUUAUCCCCAUAAAAUGGGGGAAAAAAUCGUAAGCUACACCGAGGAAUGUUGAAAUUAAUUUUCUCUAAAAGAAUGGGGCAGUCUGUAGCACCAAUAAUAAUAUUAAACGUAAAAGACAAAGAGAGAACAGAUCUUCUUAUCUCCAAAGACUUAAGAUUUAUUAAUAGUAAGCGAGAACUAUAAGAUGGUAAUGGUUCGGAAAAAUUUAAGUUGCGCAAAGCGAACUUUAGGAAGACUUUUUGAACACGUUCAAUUCGAUUUAUCAUGUUUUUAUGGAAAGGCCUCCAAAUAAUUGCAGCAUAUUCUAAAUUAGAGCGAACAAAAGACGUAAACAACAAUUUGAGGGUAUAUGGGUCAGAAAAACUUUUGCUAUUUCGCCUCACAAAUCCAAGCAUUGCGUAAGCUUUUGCAACAAUAUGACAAAUAUGGCUAUUAAAAGAAAAAUUUGAAGAAAAAAUUACGCCAAGGUCUUUGAUCUCGUUAACAGAAUUUAAUAUUGUAGUAGAUAUACUAUAAGACGUAGCCACGAUAUUGCAAAUUUUUGCAUAGGUGACUUUAAAACAUUUUUUAACAUUCAGAGAAAGACAAUAUUUAGUGCACCAACGAUGCAGAUUAUCAAUUUCAGCUUGAAACUUUGUCGCAUCAGAUGAGCUCUUUAUGAUCGAAAAUAUUUUUAAAUCAUCUGCAUAUAGCAAAAAAUUUGCAAAAGUGAAGCAAGUACUUACAUCAUUUAUGAAUAAAACAAAAAGCAAUGGACCUAAUAUACUCCCCUGAGGAACCCCAGAGGAGGCUAUAAAAGGUUCUGAAGUUGUUCCAUCUAUGGUGACAACACAUCGUCUGUUACUUAAAUAAGACUUAAUCCAACGCAAAAAGUCGGAAUGAAAACCUAAACAUGCUAACUUCCUAACUAAUAUCGAGUGUGAAACUUUAUCAAAAGCCUUCGAGAAAUCUGUGUAAACACAAUCAACUUGAUAUCCACUUGAAAAAGAUGCAAUGCAGUACUCAGUAAAAACAGUUAGAUUAGAGACUGUUGAGCGACUAGACACAAAGCCAUGCUGAUUGGGUGAAAUUAAGCCCUUAGUUGCAAAAUACAUUUUUUCUACUACAAUACUUUCAAAGAGUUUUGACACCAAAGACAACUUUGAUAUUGCCCGAUAAUUACAUACGUCACUUUUAUUCCCACUCUUAAAAAGAGGGUCAAUAGAAGUCAUCUUCCAAUCAUCAAUAAAUACCCCAGAAGCUAGUGAUUUAUUAAAUAUCAGUUUCAAUGGGAAAAUUAAAGAGGGAGAGUUUCUCAAUAAUACACCUGCCAAACCAUCAAUAUCAGUUUUUACAGACGGUUUCAGUUUGGAAAUGCCACUCGCAACGUCAUUAGACGACAAACUUAAAGACCCAAAAUUAAGAGAAGAAGUCGCCGCAAAAUCACAAUCUGGUUGGGAAGCGCCGUCAUCAGAACUAAAGUUAGAGCUGAAGAAUUCCGCAAACAGGCAUGCCACAUCAACUGGACAUCGAGCAAAUUUGUCAUGAAAGAAAACAGCAGAAGGUAUGCCGGAACUAGAUUUCUUCGACUUAAUAAACUGCCAAAAAGUCUUCGGGUUAGAUUUUAUAUUUGAUUCAACAUUAAGUAUGUAAUUUCUAUAAAGGAAUUUAUCUAAACAAUUAAAUUUCUUUAGAUGUUUUUGAUAUUGAGAAAAGAAGAUCUGGUUUCCCGUUUUCUUGAACUUUUUAAAGAAUUUAUUCUUUAGAUUCUUUAACCGUUUUAAUUCGUAAUUAUACCAAGGUAGCUUAUAACUCCUUUUUUUAAUAACUGGUAUAUUACUUACACAAAACUGAUGCACGAUAGUUUUAAAAGUAGUAAAACAAGUAGACACAUCGGGGCUAGCCAAAACACAUUCCCAAUCAAUAUCAGAUAGUAAACUAUUUAAUUCUGAAAAAUUACAAGCAGAAUAGUUAAAGCUGAGUACUUCUGCAGAAGGUAUAGUAAAAAAAUUAUAAAACUGAAAAUUGAGAACUAAAGGCACAUGAUGCUUAUCACAACGAGAGAUAGGAAAGUAACAUUCCUCGAUUUUACAGUUAAUAUUGUCGCUAAUAAAGAUAAGAUCAAGAAUACGAUCCAAUUUAUUAACAAAAUUAUUAAUUUGCACUAAAUUGAAACUUAAUAAACUAUCAAGCAAAUAUGAUUCAUGAUAUGCUGUAACAUUAGUUGGUGUGAGGCCAAAAUUAGAAAAUGAAGCGGACCAUGAAAUAUUGGAUAAAUUGAAGUCACCUAAAAUGCAUAAAUGAUUAUUACCUAAUUUAUUCAGGACUAAAGAGCUUAUGUUAUCAGCGUGCGCACGAUAAAGAUAAUCAUUACUAUUUGGGGGAAUAUAAGAGACCAAAAAGAAAAGAGAGUCCUUGGAGGAGGAACCACUGACACAUAUACAAAUUUGAUCAAUAAGUGAGUCAUUAUUAUCAAGAGCAACAAAAUAAGAAAGCAGCUUCCGUUGAACUGCAACAAGAACUCCUCCACCUCUUACACAGCCAGUUUUUACCGGAUCUCUAUCUUUUCGAUAAACAUUGAACAGUUUCGAAUCAAAAAAUUCAUCAUCAAGAAAAUUCGGAUGUAACCACGUCUCAACAAUGACGAAGAUAUCAUAAUCCAAUUGAGAGCUAAAUAUACGAACAUCUUCUGACUUAGUUCGAAGGCCAGAUAUAUUCUGAAAAUACACCUUCAAAUUCGAACUUCCACUAGUAGCCUUAUUAUUAUUUAUAUUACUCGCUGCUGAUUCUCUUCUUUUCGAAAAAAACGAAAAGGGCGCAGACUUACAUUGGCAGGCCAGAUAUCAGGUGAUAGCACCUUAUUGUAAAGCGCAACAGAUACACCUAACUUAAAAUUAACCCGCUUUACAUUCACAGCCGGAGUUUGUUUUUUAACUAAUGAAUAACAUGAAAUAAAUUUCUUAUCUAUACCAGCAUGCCUAACAACAUAGUCAAUUAUAUUGUCCGCGGUUACAGUGGGAAGGAACGACGAUAAGUGAAACCAUUUCUUUACUUCAACCACUUCCAAAUCAGAAUUAGAGCUAUUACCAGUAAUAAUCAAAUGUUUGCGUUUUUUGUUGUUCUCUACAAUUUUCCAAUCAGCUGCAGAAGUAUGCAUGCCAGCAGAAACUGAGGACGAAGAUGACGUAGACGAAAGUGCAGAAGUAGCAUAAGUCGAAGAGGUAGAUGCAGUCGUAUUAUCACCAACAACAGCUUGAGAACUGCAUUGCUUUGGAAGAGUAUUCUCAGUCUGAGAACUGACUUUAGCAGGUAGCUGAGUGUUAGCAGCAUUAGAAUCAUCAUCAGUUGGUACGGUCGGUGCUUUUGUCACGAAAUUCGUACGAGCCAACAAGGGCUUAUCAGCAACAACAGCAAGCAUAGAUGAGCGAUGGUCGGCAGAAAAAGCCGAAUCAUCCAAAGCAGUGACACCAGGCGACAGCACACCUGCAUCAGCAGACAAGACGAAGCCAGGCGCAGCACUAACAAUUUUACAUUCGCCACUUAUCAAUUUUGCUAUCGAUCGUUUAAGAUCACUGACCUCACUGGUUUCCACAAUCCUCAACUCAGGAGAUGCAGGACACGUCAAUUCCACCGACGAAACCGCAACAGCAACAAACCACUACGCAAUCAUUAGCAACGCCAUUACAAAAUAACAUCAAUCGUAAACUGAAUGGAUUUCUUAAUUUAAAAACUCCAUUGAUUGGAACAACAACACAGGCGCAAAAUAAGCCUGUUAGCAGCUCGAGCACAAGUGGUGGCAAUGAGAGUGCCGGAGCUAAGGAUGCCGCGAAUAAGAGCAUUUCAAUGACCGAUAUGUAUAUCGACAACUCGGAGCCCAGCGAGAAUGUUGGCCAAAUACAUUUUUCCCUGGAGUACGACUUCCAAAAUACAACAUUGGUAUUGAAAGUUUUGCAAGGUAAAGAACUGCCAGCUAAAGACUUGAGUGGCACAUCUGAUCCAUAUGUUCGCGUUACAUUGUUGCCUGAUAAGAAGCAUCGUUUAGAGACCAAAAUAAAGCGGCGCACUUUAAAUCCUCGUUGGAAUGAAACAUUCUAUUUUGAAGGCUUUCCCAUACAAAAACUACAGUCUAGGGUACUACAUUUGCAUGUGUUCGAUUAUGACCGAUUCUCACGCGACGAUUCCAUCGGUGAAGUUUUCCUACCACUAUGUCAGGUUGAUUUCGCUAGCAAGCAAUCAUUUUGGAAAGCACUGAAACCACCGGCUAAGGAUAAAUGCGGUGAAUUGCUUUCAUCGCUCUGCUAUCAUCCAUCAAAUUCAGUACUAACAUUAACAUUGAUUAAGGCGCGAAAUCUGAAAGCAAAAGAUAUCAAUGGCAAAUCAGAUCCGUAUGUUAAGGUGUGGCUACAAUUCGGCGAUAAACGCGUUGAAAAACGAAAGACUCCAAUAUUUAAUUGCACACUCAAUCCUGUCUUUAAUGAGUCCUUUAGUUUCAAUGUACCAUGGGAAAAGAUACGCGAAUGCUCCUUAGAUGUUAUGGUAAUGGAUUUUGAUAAUAUUGGACGAAAUGAGUUAAUUGGAAGAAUUUUAUUGGCUGUUAAACUCUUGGAAUAUCAUAAUGGAUACUUACUACAAGACCACCAACAACGACUACAAUACGCUAUUCGUUUUACACAAUUAGCCACACAAAUUGAUUUUUUAGGUAAUGUUCUGAUGUCGGAUGAAGCGUAUUUCCAAGCAAAACUGUAGAUUGUGGGGCUCUGAAAGACCAAGGGCAACACACCAGCACUAGUUACACCCAUCCAGAUGCACUGUUUGGUGCGGUGAUAUGGCCGAAAAAGUUAUCGGCCCAUAUUUCUUCCAAAAUGAAUUUCUGGGGCUUCUUACAGAAUAAUAAUUACUUUUUGCGACCAACGGCAGAGCAGCAUCCUAAUUUGUGGUUCCAAUAAGAUGGAGUGACUGCGCACACUGCUAGGCACUUAUGCACAAAAAAUGUAACGUAUAAAUUAAAAUUAUAAAUGUUUGAUUAUAGGAAAAAUAAAAAUAUAUA